AUGCAUACUUCAUUCUUCGCUUCGGCUCUCCUCCUGGCUGGUGUCUCCCUCGCAGUACCGACGCCCCCCAACACUACCUAUGACAACACUCAACCAACCGACGUUCCUCCCUCCAACCCCGCGGGUCUAACCCUCUUCCAACAACUCGUCCUCGCUCCCAAUGCGGUUGAACGCACCAAGCUUCUCCCCAACGAUGAGCAGUUCAUCUUCGACUUCAAGAACGCACCCGCCGAGGGCGUUGUGACCGGCGAGGGCGGCUCCAUCGUUCGGGCAGACCACGCCACUUUCCCCGCACUGGUUGGCUCUGGUGGCUCCGUGGCCAUCGGCUUCCUGGGCCCCUGCGGAUUCAACACGCCACACGUACACCCUCGCGCGGCCGAGCUGAACCUCGUCGUCAAGGGCCGGCUUGUGUCUCAGUCGGUGCAUGAGAACGGCGCGCGCACCAUCAGCCACAACCUCGACACCUUCCAGAUGACCGUCUUCCCCCAGGGCGCCGUGCACACCGAAUUCAACCCUGACUGUGAGGAUGCCAUCUUCAUCGCCAGCUUCCCGGAUGAGGAUCCCGGUGUUGGUCAGAUUGCCCAGGAAUACUUUGGCCUCAGCAAUGAGAUUGUCAAGGGCUCCAUCGGCGGAGAGGUCGUGGUUGAUGGAAAGGAUAUCGACCAGUUCCGCAGUAUGAUUCCGAAGAACGUGGCCAAGGGUGUCGACUCUUGUCUGGCCAAGUGUGGAAUCCAGAAGCGCUGA